ACGUCAGAAGGGAGUCUUCGCCUCGAGUCAAAACAAAACAAAACAAAACAAGUCAAAAAGACAGUGAAGGAGCGAAUAUUUGGAGCCACACAACGACGCCAAGUUCUAGAAAAGUGUUCGCGGAUUGGAAGCCGCUACUUGGUGGAAGUUAUCGGAGGCUUUUCGCGGACUUUUCCACGGAUUGUAAACUCUGGAGUAGCAGCAGCUUAAGCAGCUAGCGUUACGGUGGCUAUCGUGCUGUUUUCAAAGUGCGGCGAGUCGGAGCCGACAGACCCGUGGGAGACCCAGCUUCACCCCGCACCCCGGGGACCCGCCGACGGGUUCGGUUACCGACGUUACAGGGCGAGGAUCGGCUGAGCUCCGGGCCUCGCACGAGAGGGGUUUUAUAAGCGCCUCUCCGAGCAUCGUGUGCCGCGGCAGGAGUGUGGAGAAACAUGGCAGAUGGUGACAUGCGCCUGGCCGCAAUGUGGCGGAUCGUGCAGACCUGAGACCCGGACUUUUCGCACUACAUUUCCACCGACUUUACACUUUAAUCGCACCGAAACACUAUUAAACACGUACUAAAACCGGGCUGUCCGUGCUGUUCGCUCGCUGGAAGUUUGUUUGGAUGUUUGUUUCCAGCGGCUCCAGCGUACAGGCCGAAGAGACGGCGGCCAGCGUCCCGAUCCUGCUCCGACACUUCGGGACAGUUGUUGAACGAAGCCGCCGCUCGGACAAUCAGCCGCUGCAUUACCGCUCUGCUUUGUGACUGUUUGUGGUUUUUUUGUUUUUUGUUUUUUAAAAGGAAAGUUGGCUCUGUUUUUGACUCUAGUUGAGAGAUCAGACCUCACGUUGUUUGCAAGUACAGACGGACAGGGGCUCUCCUCAGAAGAUCCUUUGUAACAGUAGUCAGCUAAUCCCUCCUCACCGAUUCACCCUCUAGGUUGGUACGCAAUUGUUCACUUUUUUCACAAGUUAUUCACUUAAAACACAUUUUUACGAUUUAACAAAUAUUUAAACUGAGUGUUUAUUAGGGGGAAUGGCUCUGUUUUGUCUCCAUACACACUCAAGACUUAGUAAUUAAUUCCCAGGUGAGUCCAAACCUCUGUGUAUGCAGAUGUUCUGGUGCUCAUUGCCACUCUGCCACUUUUGUUUUUUAUUUCAUUCAGACAAAGGGACUGCCGUCCCAGCCCUCCUUCAUUCUAUAUAAAUCGGAAGGUUUAUGAUAGUUACUAUUAAGGAGAUUAUUUGGGUUCCCUAAUCUCCAAUCUGAGGAUUAACCGAGGCCGCUGGUGUGUCCAGAUUAUUACGUCUCUUUCUCGGCCCCUCGGUCGACACUCCCGCAGCACACAUUAUUGUUGUUGUUGUUGUGUGUCGGGAAGUUGUGUUUUUCUGGGGUUUUUUUUAGCGCCCAGAGUUACCUUUAAACUUUAAAGGUAGAUGUUUUAGGUGGACGCCAGCUUUCUGUGUGGUUGAGUGGACGUUCACAGGACCGCCAUGGAGGAGUCGUCGGUGCCCCCGAUUGACCCAGACUUCGAGCCUCAGAGCAGACCUCGCUCCUGCACGUGGCCGCUGCCGAGGCCCGACAUCUCGGCUGUCAAACCGGAGGGGGCGGACGGCACCGAGUCCGCCGCCGGGACCCCGCCCGCCGACGAGGACAAGCCCGAGCCGCAGCAAAUCACAUCUGAGCCCGAGAAAGCGGCGGCUGCGGCCGAGGGCGGGGUCGUGGCCGGUGUGGGCGGAGCCGGAGCGACGCCCCGCAAAGGAUCGUCCCGGCGCAACGCGUGGGGGAACCAGAGCUACGCAGACCUGAUCAGCCAGGCCAUCGAGAACUCCCCGGAGAAGAGGCUGACCCUGGCGCAGAUCUACGAGUGGAUGGUGAAGACGGUGCCUUACUUCAGGGACAAAGGAGACAGCAACAGCUCGGCCGGCUGGAAGAAUUCAAUUCGCCACAAUUUAUCACUCCACAACAAGUUCUUGAGGGUGCACAAUGAAUCGACAGGAAAGAGCUCCUGGUGGAUGCUCAAUCCAGAAGGAGGGAAGACGGGUAAGGCCCCUCGCCGCCGUGCCGCCUCCAUGGACAACAGCAGCAAACUGCUGAAGAGCCGCAUGAGGGCCAAGCAGACCAAGAAGCAGGCGGGAGCAGCCGGCCUUGGAGGUGCUGGAGGGGUGCUGCAGGGUGACGGCAGCACGGGUUCAGCGGGUGCAGACAGCCCUAAUUCAUCCCAGCAGUUCCCUAAAUGGGCAGUCAACAGCAGCAGCCCCUCGUCCCGUGGCAGCCUGGACGACACUGACAUGUGGACCACCUUCCGCCCACGCACAAGCUCUAACGCCAGCACUCUGAGCGGACGUCUGUCCCCCAUUGCUCCUGGCCAGGAGGACGACGAUAACCUGCCUGAAGACGGGCUGCUGGGAAGAUACGCCUCCAGCAGCUUGACCCCCACCCUCACCGAGACCCUCAUGGAGGAGCUGGAUCUGAUCGACGGCCUCACCUUGAUAACUGGGCAGCAGGGAGGGGCCAGUCCCAGCACAGCCCCACCAGCACCUCCUACUCCUCUGCCCUCCGCCUCCACCCUGCUGCCUCGAGGCUCCAGCUUCCCCUCCUUCCACCAGCUGUCACCCAGCCUCCCGCAGGCCUCCCCCCACAGCGCGACCCAGGCCUCCGUCUCUCAGUGUGGACCCAGCAGCAAAGAGCCGUCGACUUUCAGCAACUCCCUCUUCAACUCCAUCCCCAGCUCCGGCUCUCGUGGGAGUGGCCAUUACAGCACCCACGUACCUUCCAGCCUGGAGGCGCUGCUCACCUCCGACUCCCCUCCUCCCAGUGAUGUCCUAAUGACCCAGGUGGAUCCCCUCAUGCCCAACCCUGGAGGGGUGGGCCUGAUGAGUUUGGGCUCAUCUGUGGCGGGCGUGAGGCCCAAACCCAACCAGCUGCUGUUGGGUAAAGGGCUGGAGCCAAACACCGUUGCCCCCAUCGGGCUGCAGGCUCAGAUGCAGCCGCCGCAGCAGCAGCAGCAGCAUCACCUCCACCACCAGCAGCAACAGCAGCAGCACCAGCAUCACUCUCAGAUGGGGUUGGGGAUGAUCCUCUCAGUUAUGUCUCAGGACCCGUCACAGCUCUCCGCUCUCAAAGCCCAGCACGGCACGGUGCCAGCAGUGGGCUCUCACCACGGAGGGCCUGCCAAUCCCGCCGCAAACAUGCAGGGGAUGAGUCAGUUCGGAGCUCCGUCCUGCUUCCCCGGCGGUCAGGACCGACUGCCCACAGACUUGGACAUAGACAUGUUCACCGAAAACCUGGAUUGUGAUGUGGACUACAUAAUCAACAGUGACCUCAUGGACGGAGAAGGCAUUGAUUUUAACUUUGACCCCAUGCUGCCUGGAGGCCAAGGCUACGCGGGCCCCGCCACCACGCAGGGCUCCGCUCACAGCUGGGUGCCCAGCUAAUUCCUCAGCUGACCACACGAAGUUAGCCAGGAACUGAGCUCCAAUCAAGAUAACCUCACAAAACGACAAAAAAACCACCGGUGCAUCACUCCUCCCUGCUGGAUGAAGAUACAAAUUUCUCUUGGACUUUAAACUGCAGAACCAGACCUCACCCAUGUCAUGUGCCAAGACAUGCAGAGGACAGGGAGGAGAUUCAGGCUACUAUGCACAACUUUUUCUCAGUCUUUUUUUUUUUUUAUAACACUUGGCAACAAUUUGGCUGCUGGCCAUUUUUUGUUUUUCUUCUUUUAAUGCGAACUGAUGAUUUUUACAGAUGUGUGACAUGGUGUUUUUAGAGUGAAAAGACAAAUCAUCAGCUUCCGUCUGCUGGGAAUUGUUCAUAUUUCAGUUACAGCAGAAUAGCUUUAGGGUGAAUACGGUACCCCGGAUCUGGACGGUGUUGAAGACUCGACGGAUUGGGCGUUUUUGGAGAAAUGGCCAGUUUUCUGCUGACACUCGUUCAGCUUGAAUUGCCAGACCAAAUGCUGUUUGAUCGUCUGAAUGAGGUGCACUUCACUGUGGUGCGCCAACCUUGAGAGAAAAGAGUUGAGGACUGUGUUGUGAACGGGUGGAAGAUAAAGACUGAACAACUGGAGGCAUAAAAUGUUUGACCCAACAUUGGUUACUCGUCUUGCCUGGGCUUUGAUUGAUUUGAUCAGUUUAGAGAUUUAAAAAUAAAUAAAUAAAUAAAUGCAUUUUUAAAUCUCCAAUUAAAUUUGGAGACUCAACAGUUAGGAGUACUUGCAGUUUGGCAUUUUUGACUUCAAUCCAGUGUGUUACAGUAGAUGUCAGUUAGAGGGUGUUUUGUUUUUUUAAAAUCCCUGAUGUGCAGUUAAACUAACAACAUGAAGAAAGGUGAUUUGUGAAUUUCUAUACGGGGCAUUCAAGGGUAAAUUUAUACGCUAACGAGUGAUCGGUUGGCCAAGUAUUAUAUUGUCCUCGAGAGCAACAUGCCUCCUCUCUUAAAUGGUCUACCUGAUUUUUCUUCUUUUUUUUUUUCUCCUCGAGUCUGUGCAUUUUCAAAGCACUUAGGUUUCCUGCGACACAGGAACCCCAAACUAAGAGCGUACAUCCACAUUAGGUUAUACCAUUUCAGUAAAAGAGAGUUUAUAAUCCUGUAAAAGAAACAUGUAAUGUACACAUUGCACAUGACGGCACGCUAUGCAGACGUAUCAGGAGAGCGACAUGAAAUCUUGAAGGAAAUUUGAAAAAUCACUUCUUGAAGGGUUUUGCUAUUUAACAUUUUCCUGAUAUGUUUUUUGGGGGACAGGGGCGGGAUUCGGGUGCUUUAAGUCAGAAUAUGCUCUCACACUUUAAUAAUUCAGUACUAACGUUAAAGAAAGUAAUUCACAGUGUGAGAAGUACAAAAAAAAGAAUAUAUUUGAUUAUAGUUUUAAUAUACAAUUUAGAUGGAGAUAAUAAAUCAGAUAUUAAUACAUAUGAAUAUAUUACUAAUGACAAGUGAUGUUUUUUUACAUUGGAGGAAGCAUUCUCAGAUCAUUUUUAACGGUGAUUUUCUACACUUUUAUUUUUGUAAAGGAUGACAUGCAUGUAGAUUUUUUUACAUAACCAAAGGAACACUAAUAUUUGCAUUUGCAUGGCAUUUAGGGAGCGCUUGGGCCUGACACAGUAUCCUCGGUGUACAUAAGCUUCGCAAAACAUGCCUGUAACGUGACUUUGAACGACGAGUGAGGCAAAUACUUGACAGUUUCAACUAAAAUUCCCAGUCAUCUGCCUCGUGCUUCUUUUUUUUCUUCUUCUUCUUUAAAUCCAAGGAUAAAAAUCUGCAUCGAAAACGUGGCAAAAAAAAGUUUCCAACAUGCCGCCGAAUUCUCAUCUCAAAACGAGACUCGUACAACCGUUACCUCUCAGGGUCACUCGGAAGAAAAACAACAGUUCUGCACAGACGUAAUCAGACGACAGCAAAAAAAGAAAAAAGAAAAAAAAAGACUUUGUUUUGCACAAUUUCUCUGUUACGGCAGACUGGAAACCAACACUUUUUGUAUUGUUUUCCUGGAGACGUUUCUGUCUUUAAAAGAGUUGAUCUCAAAUUUGAUUUCCCAUUUUUAGAGAGAUGUAUCGUAGCUGUCCAGCCAUGUAUAUCAGUACUAGCUUAUCCCUUGGGGUUUUACUUUUUCUGUUCGUUUUUUCACUGCCAAUAUUUAAAACACUAUAGCAUGAUGUUACUCUGUAGCGAGACUUUAUUUCGUCAUCUCCCCCCUUUUUAAAAUUUUGUGUAUGUUUGUAUUUAAUUUUGUGAUCAGAAUUAACAUCCCUGCAGUUAAACUCUUAAUACUCAUCUUUUCACUGUAGCUGUGUGAAUACGUUAGCCUCUGAUUUGUACAAAGCACUCUCCUUUAUUUCAGCAGAUGUUUUUUUUUUUCUUUUCUUUUCGAAUGGUGCUAGAUGUCAUUUGUGACGUAUCCCGGAGUACGCCAUGGUGCAGUGGGUGCAUAUCAGGGCCUUUUGAAUUUUCUGUAUACGGCACAAGGAUCUUGAUUUGGUGUUACGGUAGAAAUUAGCACACAAUCAUCAGUCCUUUCCCCUCUGUUUUUUUUUUUUUCUAAUGUUUUUUAUAUGUAUUAUAAUAACCCCAGCCCCCAACCUGAUUGCUUAAAUCUGGAAACAAAAGACCAGCUUGUUUAAUCUGCAUGAUUUUCUUAUUAUUUUCAAUCAUAAUGUGUAAUUAUUUUAGGAAUAUGCAACAAACCCCCUGUUUUUCUUAACUGAUGUUGGAAAUGCUAUUAACAGCUGAUGUGAUAGGCUGCAGCAUGUAAAGGAGCGGCAGCUGCUUUGUGAGGAUCUGCCGCACCAGGCUUUCAAUGUCUCUAGUUUACUGUUGCCUCUUUGAAACAGUCAGGUGUGGUGUUAUUGCUUCUCUUGUAAUCUCCCCUAUAUGUAACUAUCUCCAUAUUUUUUCUUUUAAGUAGCAGUUAGUCCCUGUAUGUUUUUAAAAUUUUUAAAUUGCCCCCAUUUCAUACAGUAUUUAGUAUUCGGCAAGGGUUGUCAUUUUUUUUUUCCCACAAGGGAGGGUGGGAAUGAAGAGUUGUGCAUAAGCCAAUUAUGUUUAUGAUUUCUAAAUAAUGUUGGUAGUUUUUCGCUCUUUCUUUCUCCCCUCCCUCACGGUCUUUUCUUUCAACACACAUUGUAAAGUCAGCCAGGGAUGACAAACAGUUCUGAACAGCAGAAAUCAAUUCAAUAAACCGUUUAACCCA